UUUAGUAAAAGUGAAGCGGGAUAAGCGGGUACUUAUGGAGGUAAAGCCGCCUGAACUGUGUUGCAGGGAGACUUUACCCGACGUCUGCCCUCUUUCACUGGUGUCUGUUGUUCAGCACAGCCGGCCGCCAUGCCCACCGACGCCCAAAGCGAUGCCCGCUCCUUCCUGACCGAGGAGAUGAUUGCAGAGUUCAAGGCAGCCUUCGACAUGUUCGACACUGACGGUGGCGGUGACAUCAGCACCAAGGAGCUGGGCCAGGUGAUGAGGAUGCUGGGCCAGAACCCAUCGAGGGAAGAGCUGGAUGCCAUCAUUGAGGAGGUGGAUGAGGACGGCAGCGGCACCAUCGACUUCGAGGAGUUCUUGGUCAUGAUGGUGCAACAGCUCAAGGAGGACCAGGCUGGAAAGAGUGAAGAAGAGCUUUCAGAAUGCUUCCGUAUUAUUGACAAGAACGGAGAUGGUUUCGUCGAUCGGGAGGAGUUUGGAGAAAUCCUCCACCUCACCGGAGAGCCCGUGGUGGAAGAGGACAUCGACGAGAUGUUUGGUGAAGGAGACACGAACCAUGACGGGAAGAUUGAUUUUGACGAGUUCCUGAAGAUGAUGGAGAACGUCCAGUAGCGAGGGCCAGCUCUACAUUCCUUGGUCACCUUUGCUAUAAUGCUAUAAAUCCUUGUGCAAUUAUCAUUAGGAUGUUAUUUCUGAGACCCCCCCCCGCCCCCCGACCCUUGGCCCCUACGCCCUCGUCCAACCCCCCUUCUCAUACGGAACCCAGGGGACUCAUUGAGGAAUCCUAUAAAUAUCCAUCCCGUCAAACCUUUUAAGACGAAGACUCGCCUGCGUUGAGCCAGCUGUCCCCUUCUGCAGCUGCCGCUUCUCCAGAAAUGCUACACCACUUUGCCCCCCGCCCCCACCCACGCUCCUCUUCCAAAAUAAAUACCCGCUCCACCCUUUUUUUUUUUGCUUUCUAAAUAAAUCCACUUUCUCCCCCGUC